UUUGUAUUGGCUCUCCUGGGCUUCAGCUGAAAUGGAUUGACAAAUGUCUAUAGGCAUGCGCGCGAGUACUUCAAAACAAUGCGCGAGACAUUCAAAACUACAAUGGAGGACUGCAAAAUUUCUCAAUGCUUUCACCAUCGUCAUUGUAUGUAUUCACCGCUCUGUGGAAGAAUGCUUAUGUGCGCAGGCGCAUAGUGUUUCUUUACAAAGUGACAUCACCAACUACUGGCCUGGCAUGCAUAAUACAGCACUUUUUAGUCAUUUUUGCGGAUCCGUGUGAACGCGAAUCGUUUUGACAACAUUGUCGUCUGUACGCAAAACUUUUCAAAAACGCAAAGGAAAAAUGUUUCCGUUUUUAGUACAUCGUUAUCUUGUAAAUGUACCCUUAAAGUGCAUUAAAAGUGCAUUUAAAAGACUCAUUCAUGUACUCAUUUAUUGCUACUGGGCUUCAGCAGGUAUGGAUUGACCAAUGGUAAAAGAAAAGGAAAAGUCUAAUAAUAAAGAAAAACAAUUGGUACAUGGAUGAAGAAAAGCAAUUGCCAAAUGCUUUUUAAAAUACAAUUUAAAUGUUGCAUUUAAAAAUGACUUAUUACUGUGCUGUUUUAUUGCUAAAUAUAAGUACAUUUUAAAACAUGAAUUAAAUAAACACAUUUAAAUGUGUCUUUAUUUGUCCAUUUAUAAAUUGGCUUAUUUAUUCAAAUUUUUAUUUUCAAAUUAAUGGAUUGAUAAUUUAUUCCUUCAUUCUUUUGUAAAUGGCACUCCUGGGCUUCCAUACUAAACAGCCUAAGCUGCUUAAACUGAUCGGCACACGUAGAUUUGUUCCCAUUACCCUGAUUUCACCUCAUGCAAUUUGUGUGUUGUGUGCAUAUCUGUUUACGUUUUGACAUCAAAAGCAGAGAAUAACAUGAUGACUUCAAAUCUCAUGUAAACAUGGUUUUAUUUCGUUGACAGAUAUUUUAAUUAGUUUCCCUUUCAAAAAAUAUAGAGUUCUGGCAAAAAGCCGCAAAUUUGCCACAAAUUAGCCCAUUAUUGUUUUCACAUGUAUAUGAGCUUGUGAUUCAUUGCAAGUGUUUGCCAGAGGUUUGCAGCUCUUCACCAGUAGUGGUGAACCUGCAGCAAACCUUUGGCAACAAUGGACAGUUUACUGCAAGUUUGCCACAAUGCUCAUUUGUAUGUGAAAAUGAUCAGUGGUGAAUUUGCAGCAAGUUUGCGGCAAAUUUGCCAUGAAAUCUCAAUUUUUGUAAGGAUAAUUUUAGGUUGUAAGUAGCAUUUUGAUGUGCAUGUAAACACACUCAAUGUUGUCAUCCACUUCCGGUUUCAAACAAGAAAAGUUUUAAGAGCAAAUACAAUAUACUAAAAAUAAUGUGAUUUCCUGUGGGACAUGAAUACUCUCUAAAUUUUUUAGAAUAUGUUUUGCAUUGUCACCCUCAGGGCAAGAACAGAAGCACCAGCUCUGGCCUUCAUCCACACUGUGAAAAAUGUCAUAACCAGCACUGCAAGCUUCCCGUAGAUAUCUCAACUUCCUGCGUCUUCAUUUCCUGCCACCUGCAGUGCGGAGCUGCCUUCCAUCUUUGUAAAGAAACUGAGCAUCGUCUUCUCUGCCCAAAGGAAAUUGUACCCUGCCUCAACUCUGGCUAUGGCUGUCCCAUGACCAUGACCCGUCAAAGGCUUGCUAAGCACCUGGAAGUCUGUCCUGCCAGUGUGGUCUCUUGUAGCCUGGAAUGGAACCGAUGGCCUGUGAGCAAGAUGGAUAUGACCUUCUACAGGCAUGCCCUGCAGGAUCCAAACUGCACAACCCAGCUUGAUAUUGCUAUGGCCCUUAGAGAUCAGAAGCUUCUAUUUCGCUCUAUUAAGAUGAAGACGCUCUUCCCAGAGUUGACAGAGAAGAUGGAGGAGCCUGAAGCUCCAAUGGAUGGGGCUGUUGGAGGUGUUGAUCUAGAGCAGAGGGAGUCUAAGACCUUCAACCCACAGGAUGUGUUAGAGAAUGGUCUCAAUGGUGAAGAGGUAGAGGAACUAACCCAAGAAGAGUGACUAGCUCUUGCAAAGAGCAGAGAUGUGGCCUGCUUGGAGAACUACAGCAUUUGGGAGAGAAUGUUUGCGAAGGAGAAGGAAGGAUGCAAGCAAACUGUGAAGAAUUUAGAGGAUAAAAAUAUUCUGGACAAGGAAGACUCAAGUGUGACCCCUCAAGCUCCCCAUGAUUCACAAGAUACUGAGCUUUCAAGAACAGGUUUAGCCCCAUGACAGGAUGGCGUUCUUGAAAGACUUCAUAAUGAGGUGAAUGUGGCUGAAUAUAACAUGUACCUGGUGCAUAACGGAUGCAUGCUUAUCAACUUUGGCCAGCUGGCUGCUUGCACUCCGAAAGAGAAAGAUUUUGUUUAUGGAAAUUUAGAGCCCAUUGAGGUUCAAUCCUUACACUCGUUCAACGUGCCGACCAGUUACCGAGCCAAACGAAGCCACCUCAAGGAUCCAUCCCGAAUGGUGAAGAAGACAGACCAGAAUAUUGACACAUCUGAUUUAGGGAUUGCAAUAGAAGAGCUCCCAAUUGCAAAUGAGGUAGAGGCGACAUUGCUGUGUUCUCUCGAAAUUGAAUUGAAAGGUCAUCAGAUAAGUGAGACUGUUGGAACCGAUGGGUUGUAUAUUGAUUUUGGCACCCAGACCUAUGACUUCCCUUCUGCUCCAUUCAAAAUGGAGGCUUCCUUGGCGGAUGUUGUUGAGGAUCAACCUCAAAACCUACAUGUGCAGAUUCAGACCGAAUGUGUGACCAGAAGACACAACAAGUCAUGCUUAGUCUUCACCUACAUCUGUUGUCAAACUUUCAGGUGAGACGAAUAUGCCUGGCACUUCAGGAAUGUGCAUGGAGACAUCCAGUCUUGUCUUACUUGCUGGUUUACACAGCGAUGUCCACUUGCUUACCUGGGCUGCACCUUCAGCCAAAGUUAUUUUCGACCAUCUAAAUGCAGAGCCACUGUCAUCUAUGAUCUGGAUCUUAGCACUUUCAUCCUUCAGCCAGAGGUAUCAGCAUCACUUUAUAAGGGAGUAAAAACCGCUAGCAGUGAGCGGAAGCGAGCAAGGAAUUUAGACUCUCUGAGCAGACUUCCUUUUAAGAUCUUACAACACAUUGUGGGUUUCCUGGACAGUGUGUCUUUGGGUCAUCUAGCUCAGGUCUCUCAGCUCAUGAGGGAGGUGUGUAGUACUGUUCUACAGCAGAAGGGCAUGGUGUCCCUCAAAUGGGAGAGAAAGACCUACUCUCAUGGUGGAUUCACCUGGAGGGCCCAAAAAAAGGCAUGGGAGUUUAGCACUCUGUUCUCUCCAGUGGAUGAAUGGGUUUUUGAAGAUGUCCCUACCAUGGCAGAGCACCUGAAGGUCUGCCCUUUCUACCAGACAGAGAUCAGGAGUGAACCUGUGGCUUUACCCAACAUGAUUGACCUCCAAGAAAGAAAAGGAGAGUUCCAGACUUUGGUCAACAGUCCUCACCACUGACAACAGAGAGGGAGAUUAACAUACUACUAUGUAAAACAAACUAUUGGACAUUCACAUAAAGUGACAGUUUGUAUAUAAAUGAAUAUGAUGCAUUUUUAGAGGGAUUCAUAUGUUUGUCAAGAUGCACCGCUUAUUGUUUUUAUGUUUUUGACAUAUCUUGGGUGAUCUCUAAUGGCAGAAAUAAUAAACUGUAAUAAACACUGUCAUGUACUGUGGUCCCAAAAAGUAUUUGGACAUGUAAGUCACACUCAGAAAUGUAUGAAUGCAGUUGCAAAAAAAUAAAAAAUAAAUAAAUAAAUCUAACCAUCUAACCAAAAUUCAUCCAACCAUCCACAAUUUUAACUGAUUAAAACUAUUAUAGUACAUGUGUUUUCCAGUGAUGUCAUAGUUUUGGGUAUUUCAUAGUCCAGAUAUCUCCAUAAACCAGUGAUAUUUUA